AUGGCGACAAUCGGCAACAAUGAUCAGGAAAGGUGCCUCAUAAAUAAGCUACCUGUCGAGGUUAUUUCGCGUAUAUUUGAAGCCUACGUGGGUCAGACUGCGAUUUCGACAAGCUUUUGUGACGCUCCUAUCGUUCUGGCCAUCGGUGCUGUUUGCAGACUAUGGAGGAACGUUGCAUGGAGCACCCCUUCGCUUUGGACUGUUCUCUAUUUCGUUUUGACCUCCGGCACAACGAAGACCAAGGUAGAUCUUGCUAUCGAAUGGAUCACACGAUCAGGAAACUUGCCUUUGGAGAUAUACAUCAUGGCUGUAAUAUGCUAUCCCAAGAUAAAUACUGAACCGCUCAUUUUCCCACUGGUUGAUAUCAUUAAUCAACAUCUCGGUCGGUGUCGCGUCCUUGACUUGAACCAGCUAACAUCGAUGACGAUGUCACGAUUCUCGGCAAUUGAAGGACCGUCUUUAUUAGAAGAUCUAUAUAUUCACCCUGAAGAUAUGGAUGGGCCAUUAACUCUUGGGGAAAACGCCUCACCCACGAGGCUUAACAUCACCUAUGUUCACUUGCAUCUCCUCAUUAUGAAUUGGAGAAACCUCACCGAAAUCUCUGCUCAUGGUCUUCGUAUGAGCGAAAUCAUGGAUACACUUCGCCUAGCCCCUCAACUCAGAAUAUGUUACUACAACUGCAUCGAAUCAGACUCGACAUCUACCACUGCUGGAGAAUCUACGUACCAAACACAUCUCAAAAUAGAAGAAUUGACCCUCGUGAUAGGGGGUGAACAUGGAGGUGAUUCUAACGUGGCUGCCUUUUUUCGACAAACGACUUUCCCGAACUUGGAUUCAUGCCAUAUCGGCUGGGAGCAUGGCACAUUUCCCACUCAGACAUUCACUUCAUUCAUUUCUCGUUCUGCCUGCGCGAUCACAAUGUUGACCAUCCAGUACAACCUCAUUACAAGCGACGAUCUCAUCAGAAUUGGUAAAGCCUUAUUAUCCGUGGAAUAUCUUUCAAUCACCCCUUUCCAUAACACCCGGUAUAAUGGCAUCAUGGCCAACCCACAUGUACACCUAGAUGGAUUUUUCACUGCCCUCUGUCAAGGUUCAAGAUCCAAAGACAGCAUACUAUUUCCGUCGCUUUGCGACUUGGACAUAAUAUCACACAAUGCUUUCAACUGGAAAUUAUUGUUGAUACUUUGCGACUCCCGCCGUCAUAACCCGCCGCAGUUAACCACAAGCACCACAGAGCACAUCUCACAGACAAGAAUUGGGACCAUUACAAUUACGCGUGUUGUGUAUGCAACUGAUCGCACCGUUAUAGAUCACAGUUUGCAUGCAUCCGAUGAAUCAGAUGUCAAAUUUCUUCCCGGCGAUCUAAUCGAAAGUUGGGAAACUUUCAAAGAUCUUCUGGAACUCGGAAAGAACGUCCGCUUGAACUUGAGCGUCGACAACGCAGACAAUAAUCCUGCUGACCUCUUCGACUUGUCAUACAGGAAACUUUGUGGAACCUCCGGAGGCCCACCAGAUGUCAUACGCCAAAACGAGAUGUUCGAAAUCUGGAGAUUGCAGAACGCCGGUGUCGAUCAGGAUACAUGCACACUGUCUGUUUAG